CAUUUCUUUUACUUCACCAACAACAGAGCAAUCCAUACGUUUUCUUUCUUCUCCUGAUCCUCCUAGUCCUCCUCCUCCAAUGGCUCUCCCUCUAAUAUUACCCAUCUGCCUCAUCCUCCUCUUCCUUGCAUUAUACAUGCUCUACCAACGGCUAAGAUUCAAGCUCCCACCUGGCCCCCGCCCGUGGCCGAUAGUCGGCAACCUCUACGACAUAAAGCCGGUGAGGUUCCGGUGCUUUGCCGAGUGGGCGCAGGCAUACGGUCCCGUUAUAUCGGUGUGGUUCGGAUCGAGGCUGAACGUGAUCGUGUCGAACUCGGAGCUGGCGAAGGAAGUGCUCAAGGAAAAUGACCAGCAGCUGGCUGAUCGGCACAGAAGUAGGUCGGCAGCGAAGUUUAGCCGGGACGGCCAGGACCUUAUAUGGGCGGACUAUGGACCUCACUAUGUGAAGGUCAGGAAAGUCUGCACCCUCGAGCUUUUCACCCCAAAGAGGUUGGAGUCUCUUCGACCCAUUAGGGAAGAUGAAGUUACUGCCAUGGUUGAAUCCAUUUUCAAGGACUGCGCCAAUCCUGAUAAUGAUGGUAAGAGUUUGUUGGUGAAGAAAUAUCUGGGAGCAGUAGCAUUCAACAACAUAACAAGAUUGGCAUUUGGGAAACGGUUUGUGAACUCAGAAGGGGUAAUGGACGAGCAAGGGUUGGAAUUCAAGGCAAUAGUGGCCAAUGGAUUGAAGCUUGGUGCAUCACUUGCCAUGGCAGAGCACAUUCCAUGGCUUCGUUGGAUGUUUCCACUUGAGGAAGAGGCUUUCGCCAAGCAUGGUGCGAGGAGGGACAGACUCACCAGAGCUAUCAUGGAAGAGCACACGCAGGCACGCCAGAAAAGUGGCGGCGCCAAGCAGCAUUUUGUCGAUGCAUUACUUACUUUGCAGGACAAAUAUGAUCUUAGCGAGGACACCAUCAUUGGACUCCUUUGGGACAUGAUCACUGCGGGCAUGGACACCACUGCAAUCUCAGUAGAAUGGGCUAUGGCUGAACUAGUCAAGAACCCAAGGGUGCAACACAAGGCCCAAGAAGAGCUAGACCGCGUCAUUGGGUUUGAACGAGUCCUGACCGAGGCCAAUUUUUCUAACCUACCUUACCUGCAAUGUGUAGCCAAAGAGGCUCUAAGGUUGCACCCUCCAACCCCAUUGAUGCUCCCCCACCGAGCCAAUGCCAAUGUGAAGAUUGGUGGCUAUGACAUCCCCAAGGGGUCAAAUGUUCACGUUAAUGUCUGGGCCGUAGCGCGUGACCCGACCAUGUGGAAAAACCCGCUCGAGUUCCGCCCGGAGCGAUUUCUGGAGGAGGAUGUUGACAUGAAGGGUCAUGACUUCCGGCUGCUUCCAUUUGGUGCGGGCAGGCGAGUGUGCCCCGGUGCACAACUUGGUAUCAAUUUGGUCACGUCCAUGCUGGGUCACCUAUUGCACCAUUUUGUUUGGACACCACCGGAAGGGAUCAAGCCAGAGGAGAUUGACAUGUCAGAAAAUCCCGGAUUGGUCACUUACAUGCGGACCCCGUUACAAGCUAUGGCCACUCCCAGGUUGCCAUCUCACUUGUACAAGCGUGUGGCGGUGGACAUGUAAUUUUUUGUAUGGUUUUUAUUAUCCUCCUUAAGUUUUUUUCAUCAUGAACUUGUCAUGAUGAAAAUGUGAUUAUCUUUUAUGUAUGAUCAUUAUGCAUGAA